GCACAAUGGCUAUGACUCGUAUCCUAGUACUGCUGUGUUUGGUUUUUGUAUCACACAUGGGUGAGGCAAAAGUACUUGUGCCCUCUGCUAUCUCUGCUUGUGAACGUAUAUUUGAGUACUUCCCCAAUUGCUUAGAAUUCCUGGUGGGGGAUCCAAAUUAUGUUAGGCCAUCAAGAAGAUGCUGUCAACAUGUUGUGAAGCUUAACAUAUUAGCCCGUCAUAGGACAGGCCCCAGGACCAUUUGUUGGUGCAUUCAGGUCAUGGUUAAGGGAAUGACACCAGCAUUGGUCCCCUCCAAGAUACAAGAUCUUCCCCUUAUGUGCCACACCACCCUCAGCUUUCCCAUCUCUGAUAGCAUCGAUUGCUCCAAGGUUGGUUAGGAUAUAUUAUGAUGGUAUUGGUGCGCAAUAAUCAAGGGAGGUUCAAAAGUGGACAAAUAAAUCAGUACAUGUAGAAGUCACUUAUAAACAUAGAUUAUGUCUUAGAAUAGAAUGUUAAGUGGAAUGAUAAUGUUGCUACAUAUAUUUGUCGCUUCAGCCAAAUAUAGUAGAAGAAAGAUAAGAUAUGCCUUGCAAUAUGUAGCUAAGCUAAAGAUAAUUCAUGGAAAGGUAACCUCAAAAUAAAAA